GGACAGGAAACAAUGGCUGGAGGUUUUCAUUUCAUGUGGCUUCCGGUCCUUUUCACCUGUGUCGUUUGCACUUCUGAUGUUCUUGAGAGCCUGGGUAUCAGUAAUGAAAAUCCAGAUGUGGCCAAAAUCUUUUCAAAGAUCACAAUACCCGAUGGAAUUGAUCCCAGUCACAUAAAUGUAACGUCAAUCACGAUCAAAACUUGUGAAGGUAUGAAAGAAUCUCUGGCAAAGUCACAAAGGCAACUUCAGCAGAUGACUCACCGUUACAACCAACUUGCUGUAGAAUCACUUGGGUUUAAGAGUGAGGCCAGACAGCUGAAAAUGCAACUUGCUACGUGCAUGUCAACAGCAUCACCCGUAGCCGGAACGUAUCAAACCCACCUGCAGCUCAGACUGAACCAGAUGCUGGAGAAGCUCGAUCCUGAUACACUUCUCAUUUUUAACAUAAUGACACUCACCAGGGAGGUGAGCACUUUAGAGCAGAAGCUCAAACUUGCUGCUAAUUCCAGCAAAACCGCCGCUGAAAUCAGAGAAAUGCAGAGACAGCUGGAAGAGAAAACGACUGAACAAAAAGCUAAGAUAGCGGAAGCUAAGGAGAGCUUUUCGAGUGGAACUCUCAUUCUUCAGAUAAUCUCACUGCAGAAUCAGAUCUGGGAUUUACAAGAGGCCAAAUCAAGAGGAGAAAAAACAGGUUCUCAGCCUUCAGUUGAUGAGAUUCAAGUUCAACAUCAGCUCACCAGGAAGAUCAUUCAGCUACAAGACAAAGGAGAUACCAACUUCGCCAGCUUGCUGGAGCUGAUUUUUGUGCGCAGUAAGAUUGCAGAGUUGAAAAGGAUGAUCAGUGAACGUAUUGAGAAAUCCAAAACCAUUGGCGAGGAUGCCAGGAGGCAAUUGAAACAAAAGCUUGAUCUCCUCAUGGAGAAGAUUUUACAGUUGAAAGAGGAUAAGAACAACAAGACACUAACCUCGGAAAUUAUGGGACUGCAGAACGAGGUGCAACAUUAUGAACAGCUGAUAAAUAACCCCCAAACCAUCACUAAUUCCCAAAUUCAAGAGCUUCGUACUAUCUUGGACCAAGAGAAGCAAAGGCAAGAUGUAAUACAGAGGCAACUGGAAGCAACAGAGUAUGCAAAGGCACAGCUGAUCAUACAAAUCAUCAGCAUAAUGGAAGAGCUGAAAGAGCAGCACCUGACAGGUCAACCCACCACUGUGACUGAAGCCAAAGAGCAAGAAUACGCCAAAGCUCUGGCCAAAAUAACAGAGCUGCAGAGGAAACUGAAACUGUUGACUGAAAUGGGCUCCAAAUCUGUGGAAAGAUAUGAGCAGAUGAAGACUGACUUUGACCAGAAGAUUGCUGAACUGAACAGAACUGAGGACAUCCAAGCAGCUCUCAUUCUGAAACUGAUAAAGCUGCAUGAUGAGCUGAAGGCUUUGAAGGAACAGGUCGCUCUCUCAGAAGACCAAGACUUGACUUCCGAGCUACAGAGACAACUGGAGAAAAGGCAAGAAGAACUGAACUCCAGUAUUGCACACAUAGAGAGUCUGACUUCCAGCCCAGGAACAAUUUCAAAGAUCAUUGAACUGCAAAAUGAAUUAUGGAACCUUCGGAACAAAGCAGCCAGUGGAACCAGAAGCAAUCAAGAAGAAGAGUUGCAGGACAGACUAGACGGCUUUAUCGAUGAAAUAAACAACAGAGCCGGUGAAAACACAAAACUGAUACUGAAAAUAGUGACUCUACAGAGUCAGUUAGAACACCUGAAGCUACUGCUGGAAAAAACCUACAAUUCAACCUCUCCAAACAUGCUGCUCAAAAAGGAAGACCUAAUUGAGGAGUUAACAUUCAAGACGACCGAGCUGCAAAAAUAUAUCAAUGAGCUGAAAGCGAAGAAUCCUUCUAAUGCCAAAUUAAUUCUGGCUACCACUGAUCUCUACAAAAGUCUCAAAAGAAUUGAAAAAGAAAACCAUGAUGAUAAUGCAACAUCUUCUUUAACGUUAAGUCUCCUCCAGAUCUAUCUUCAAAACAAAAACAGGGAAUAUGCUAUUAUUAAGGACAAAGUCGCAGAGCUGGAGAGAAAACUGCAGUUAAAGCCAGAAGAAUGCUCUGGACUGGAGGAGCAACGAGACCAGCUGAAGACUGAGCUUGAAAAGAAGAUUGUAGAACUGAACAAGACUAAAGAUGCUGAAACAGCUCUCAUCCUGAAUGUGAUCAACUUGCAUGCUGAACAGAGGGCUUUGAAGGAGAAGAUCUCAAAGGCAGAAGAUCCAGAAAUCAUCUUAGGCCUGCAAAGGGAACUGGAGGAGAAGCAAGACGACCUGAAUGCUAAAAUUGCACAAAUAAAGCAUCUCAUUGCCAACCCGAGAACAAUUAUAAAAAUCAUUGAGCUGCAAGAUGAGAUAUGGGACCUACAGAACAAGGAUACUAAUGGGACAGCUGGUAACCAGAUAAGAGAGCUGCAAAACAGAAUGGACAGAUUCAGCAGUCAAAUAGACAGCAGAGAUCAAGAAAACACAAAACUGACGCUGAAAAUCAUGAAUCUGCAGAGUCACGUGAAGCACCUGCAGAAACUGCUGUCAAAACAUGAGACGCUACAAACCAGUAAGCUAAGUGAGCUCAAAAAUGAACUCGCAGCCACGAAAGCAGAGCUGGAGAAACAAGUCACCGAUCUGAAAGUGAAGGACAAAGAAAAUGCCAAACUGAUUUUGGACAUCAUUGACCUGCAAACCGUACUCGAAAACCUUGAAACGACAGCUUCUGCUACAAUUUCUAAUCUCAGAACUCAGCUGAAGAGUAAAGAGGAGGAGCACUCUCGUGAUCAGGAGGAGAUCGAAAGACUGCGGCUAAAACUGAACGAGACAGAAGACAACUGUUCUGUUGAUGAGCAAACAAUUACAACUCUGCAGCAAAACCUGACCAACAAAAUCACAGAGCUGCAGUCCAAAUCGAACUCCGUUACUUCACUUGCUCUUAAAAUUUCUACACUGAAUCAGGAACUGGAGCAACUAAAAACACAACAAUCAAACUCUGUGUCCAGAUCCAAGGUUGAUGAGCUCCAAAAAGCUAUAGAUGAAAAGAAUAAGGAGCUGGAAGAACUAAAAAAAGAGCUGAAAAACAGAAGUACUCAACCACGAAGACUUCUGCAGAUUAUUGCCUUACAAACAGAGAUAGAGAAACUCGUCAGUGUGGCACAAAAUGACACAGAUUUCGCCAAGAUUGCAGCAUUUCAAGACAAGCUCAAUAAUUUGAUCAGAGGAAUUCAAGAUGAAGAGAAUGAAAAUACUAAGCUGACAUUUCAGAUCUUGAAUCAGCGAGAUGAAAUAGCCAGACUGAGGAAGCAGCAAGAGCAGAAAAAUCAGACACAAGCAGCAAAAAUUAAAGAUCUGGAGGAUAAACUGGACUUCAUCAACAAGCUGAUAAAAGAAAAGUCAGCCACUUUGGAUACAAAGGGUGCUCUGAUUUUGGAGCUUGAAACAGAAAAGGAACAACUGGAGGGUGUAUUAUCAACCCUCAAGGAGAAUCAUAUUAAGAGUCUUGCAGAGCUUCAAAGGAGACUCAGUUUGAAAGAACGUCAACUGGAAGACGUUGAAAGUCAACUUGAGAGUGCAGAUUCAGAGAAUUUUAAAAACGUGAUGGAGAUUGCAGAUCUGAGGGCCAAACUGAAACAGGCUGAGACAGAGAGAUCCAAAGCAUCUGACAAAAUAAUCAAAGAGCUGGAGAAAAAACUAAAAACACAAGAAAGAGAGACUAAAAAGUUUGAAGCUGCAAAUAAAGAGCUGGAGAGAAAACUGCAGUUAAAGACAGAAGAAUGCUCUGGACUGGAGGAGCAACGAGACCAGCUGAAGACUGAGCUUGAAAAGAAGAUUGUAGAACUGAACAAGACUAAAGAUGCUGAAACAGCUCUCAUCCUGAAUGUGAUCAACUUGCAUGCUGAACAGAGGGCUUUGAGGGAGAAGAUCUCAAAGGCAGAAGAUCCAGAAAUCAUCUCAGGCCUGCAAAGGGAACUGGAGGAGAUGCAAGACGACCUGAAUGCUAAAAUUGCAGAAAUAAAGCAUCUCAUUGCCAACCCGAGAACAAUUAUAAAAAUCAUUGAGCUGCAAGAUGAGAUAUGGGACCUACAGCACAAGGAUACUAAUGGGACAGCUGGUAACCAGAUAAGAGAGCUGCAAAACAGAAUGGACAGAUUCAUCAGUCAAAUAGACAGCAGAGAUCAAGAAAACACAAAACUGACGCUGAAAAUCAUGAAUCUGCAGAGUCACGUGAAGCACCUGCAGAAACUGCUGUCAAAACAUGAGACGCUACAAACCAGUAAGCUAAGCGAGCUCAAAAAUGAACUCGCAGCCACGAAAGCAGAGCUGGAGAAACAAGUCACCGAUCUGAAAGUGAAGGACAAAGAAAAUGCCAAACUGAUUUUGGACAUCAUUGACCUGCAAACCGUACUCGAAAACCUUGAAACGACAGCUUCUGCUACAAUUUCUAAUCUCAUAACUCAGCUGAAGAGUAAAGAGGAGGAGCACUCUCGUGAUCAGGAGGAGAUCGAAAGACUGCGGCUAAAACUGAACGAGACAGAAGCCACCUGUUCUGUUGAUGAGCAAACAAUUACAACUCUGCAGCAAAACCUGACCAACAAAAUCACAGAGCUGCAGUCCAAAUCGAACUCUGUUACUUCACUUGCUCUUAAAAUUUCUACACUGAAUCAGGAACUGGAGCAACUAAAAACACAACUAUCAAACUCUGUGUCCAGAUCCAAGGUUGAUGAGCUCCAAAAAGCUAUAGAUGAAAAGAAUAAGGAGCUGGAAGAACUAAAACAAGAGCUGAAAAACAGAAGUACUCAACCAGAAAGACUUCUGCAGAUUAUUGCCUUACAAACAGAGAUCGAGAAACUCCUCAGUGUGGUGCAAAAUGACACAGAUUUCGCCAAGAUUGCAGAUCAGCAAGAGAAGCUCAAUAAUUUGAUCAAAGGACUUCAAAAUGAAGACAAUGAAAAUACUAAGCUGAUAUUUCAGAUCUUGAAUCAGCGAGAUGAAAUAGCCAGACUGAGGAAGCAGCAAGAGCAGAAAAAUCGGACACAAGCAGCAAAAAUUAAAGAUCUGGAGGAUAAACUGGACUUAAUCAAGAAGCUGAUAAAAGAAAAGUCAGCCACUUUGGAUACAAAGGGUGCUCUGAUUUUGGAACUUGAAACAGAAAAGGAACAACUGGAGGGUGUAUUAUCAACCCUCAAGGAGAAUCAUAUUAAGAGUCUUGCAGAGCUUCAAAGGAGACUCAGUUUGAAAGAACGUCAACUGGAAGACGUUGAAAGUCAACUUGAGAGUGCAGAUUCAGAGAAUUUUAAAAACGUGAUGGAGAUUGCAGAUCUGAGGGCCAAACUGAAACAGGCUGAGACAGAGAGAUCCAAAGCAUCUGACAAAAUAAUCAGAGAGCUGGAGAAAAAACUAAAAACACAAGAAAGAGACACUAAAAAGUUUGAAACUGCAAAUAAAGAGCUGGAGAGAAAACUGCAGUUAAAGACAGAAGAAUGCUCUGGACUGGAGGAGCAACGAGACCAGCUGAAGACUGAGCUUGAAAAGAAGAUUGUAGAACUGAACAAGACUAAAGAUGCUGAAACAGCUCUCAUCCUGAAUGUGAUCAACUUGCAUGCUGAACAGAGGGCUUUGAAGGAGAAGAUCUCAAAGGCAGAAGAUCCAGAAAUCAUCUCAGGCCUGCAAAGGGAACUGGAGGAGAUGCAAGACGACCUGAAUGCUAAAAUUGCAGAAAUAAAGCAUCUCAUUGCCAACCCGAGAACAAUUAUAAAAAUCAUUGAGCUGCAAGAUGAGAUAUGGGACCUACAGAACAAGGAUACUAAUGGGACAGCUGGUAACCAGAUAAGAGAGCUGCAAAACAGAAUGGACAGAUUCAUCAGUCAAAUAGACAGCAGAGAUCAAGAAAACACAAAACUGACGCUGAAAAUCAUGAAUCUGCAGAGUCACGUGAAGCACCUGCAGAAACUGCUGUCAAAACAUGAGACGCUACAAACCAGUAAGCUAAGCGAGCUCAAAAAUGAACUCGCAGCCACGAAAGCAGAGCUGGAGAAACAAGUCACCGAUCUGAAAGUGAAGGACAAAGAAAAUGCCAAACUGAUUUUGGACAUCAUUGACCUGCAAACCGUACUCGAAAACCUUGAAACGACAGCUUCUGCUACAAUUUCUAAUCUCAUAACUCAGCUGAAGAGUAAAGAGGAGGAGCACUCUCAUGAUCAGGAGGAGAUCGAAAGACUGCGGCUAAAACUGAACGAGACAGAAGCCACCUGUUCUGUUGAUGAGCAAACAAUUACAACUCUGCAGCAAAACCUGACCAACAAAAUCACAGAGCUGCAGUCCAAAUCGAACUCUGUUACUUCACUUGCUCUUAAAAUUUCUACACUGAAUCAGGAACUGGAGCAACUAAAUACACAACUAUCAAACUCUGUGUCCAGAUCCAAGGUUGAUGAGCUCCAAAAAGCUAUAGAUGAAAAGAAUAAGGAGCUGGAAGAACUAAAAAAAGAACUGAAAAACAGAAGUACUCAACCAGAAAGAUUUCUGCAGAUUAUUGCCUUACAAACAGAGAUCGAGAAACUCGUCAGUGUGGCACAAAAUGACACAGAUUUCACCAAGAUCGCAGAUCAGCAAGAGAAGCUCAAUAAUUUGAUCAAAGGACUUCAAAAUGAAGACAAUGAAAAUACUAAGCUGACAUUUCAGAUCUUGAAUCAGCAAGAUGAAAUAGCCAGACUGAGGAAGCAGCAAGAGCAGAAAAAUCGGACACAAGCAGCAAAAAUUAAAGAUCUGGAGGAUAAACUGGACUUCAUCAAGAAGCUGAUAAAAGAAAAGUCAGCCACUUUGGAUACAAAGGGUGCUCUGAUUUUGGAACUUGAAACAGAAAAGGAACAACUGGAGGGUGUAUUAUCAACCCUCAAGGAGAAUCAUACUAAGAGUCUUGCAGAGCUUCAAAGGAGACUCAGUUUGAAAGAACGGCAACUGGAAGACAUUGAAAGUCAACUUGAGAGUGCAGAUUCAGAGAAUUUUAAAAACGUGAUGGAGAUUGCAGAUCUGAGGGCCAAACUGAAACAGGCUGAGACAGAGAGAUCCAAAGCAUCUGACAAAAUAAUCAAAGAGCUGGAGAAAAAACUAAAAAUACAAGAAACAGAGACUAAAAAGUUUGAAGCUGCAAAUAAAGACCUAACGCAGGAAAUCACAGAGCUGAGGGCGUGCAGUAAUCAUGUGCAUGGCAGUUGUGAAGACUUGCAGGGAGAUCUGCAGCAGUGCCAUGAGGAUCAAAAUCGCCUGCAGCAGCAGCUGGAUCAGAACGAUGCCAGGCUCGACCAGUUGGAGCAGGACUUACAAAGACAGAUCGAGGAGAAAAUCCAACUGCAGGACAAUUUCAAUGACCUGCGAGCUGAGAGGAACAGACUUGAGAAAGAAGUAGAAGUUCUUCAGACGGCACUAGACAAAAUAGAAGAACAGACCAUCCAUACCUCAAAGAUGACCUUCGAUCCAAACACAGGGCACCCAAGAAUAGCCUUGUCUGCUGAUAAAACCGAGAUGUCCACUAAUAAGUUCCUGCAACGCGUCCCUGACAAUCCAGAGCGGUUUGAUGUGAUUCUGGGGGUCCUAGGUGCAACUGGGUUCUCAUCUGGCAGGCAUUAUUGGGAAGUGUCAGUAGCUGGGAAGACUUGUUACCACCUUGGGAUGACCAGUGAAUCUUCUCAAAGAAAGGGAUCACCACGUUUCAAACCAACAAAUGGUUACUGGACUAUAGUCCUGGACAAACAGGGUUGGCUCAAAGCUAUUGAGAACAGGGGAUCUGUUAUUAUUCCUUCUGAGACGCAUCCAGUUAGACUGGGUAUCAUGCUGGACUACAAAAAGGGAACAAUCUGUUUUUAUGAUUCAGAGGCCAGAAGUCAUUUGUACUCUUUUGUAGAUCAAGGCUUUACAGACAGAAUUUAUCCAUUUGUCAAUUUCUGUGUUGAAGAUGGUGAAGCUCCAACUCCAAUAGUUUUAGUUAAUCCUGGAGCAACUGACUGGAUAGAGUAAGGGUCAUGAGAAGUUCUGUGCCGGCCUAUAUGUCAGACCUGUGAGUCAUUUAAGAGUAUAUGAGAAAUAAAAUAACACUUAUUUCUGUUACUGUUGCUAUUGAAUGUGUCAGACAAUAAAGCAAAUAUACAAAACA